AUGUCCACAUUGCUUUAUCUGAGAGCUAAUCUUAAACUUCCUGGCAAACUUAGCUUGAUCUUAGUUGGAAAAGCAGAUAGUGGAAAGAGUGAAACUGGUAAUUCCAUUAUCAUGGAAUGCAAUAAAAGACUUGUUUUAUUUAAUAACUACAAUAGUAAUGAUAACAAAAUUUAUCAAAGAGAUGAGUUAUUGGACAUUGUAAUAGAGUUAAAUAAUGACGACAAAAAAUACACCAAACGCCAUUUCAUGGAAUUAAAGAAUGUAUUUAAACCUAGUAAGAAUAUUGCUAUGAUCACGGUUCCAAUCAAUACACAAAAACCUGAAAGAACAGAAUUGAAUCAAACUGUUGGUACAAUGAAAUCUCAUCAAACAAUUAGUACUCAAACAGAAAUGCAAAAAUCAGAAAUAGAAGUCCACACUCUUGAUAAAAAAAGUCCGAUUAGUGAAACUGUGCGGGCAAUAGCGCACGAUAAAAUGAUACAUGAAAGGAAACAUACAGAAACAACAGAUCGUAAAAGCUCAGACGACAAAAAGAAACGUUUAGCUUAUCCGGAACUGGAUCUUAUUUUAAUAGGUAAAUCCGGUAGUGGAAAAAGUGCCACAGGGAACUCAAUUUUACGACAGCAGGAAUUUAAGGCUCAUUGCAAGGCAGACUCUGAUGAAAGGUUUCCUCAAUACAGAACGACUAUAAUUGAUGGGCGUAACGUUCAAGUUGUUGAGUGCCCCGGUAUCAUUGACACGGAUAUUGAUAAACGGGGGGGAGUCGAGCGUGUGGUCCGCGCUAUACAGAACGCAGUGUUGGCCAACCCCGAGGGUUAUCACGCUUUUCUUAUUGUGGUCGCCUUUGGUCAGCGUUUUUAUAAGCAAGAACUAGAUUGCAUCAAGAUUCUUAAACAUAUCUUUGGGCAAAAUGUCAUAAAAACCCACGGUAUAAUUGUACUAAGUUAUGGAGACACAUUCAAGCAUCACGAGGUAAAAGAAGAAGUGACAAUGAAAAAAUACUGUGAAAAGCAAACAGGACCGCUUAAAGAACUUCUUAUGGAAUUAAUACUUGAUGCCAAAAACAAGGAAAAUUGGUCAGAUAUUCUUAACAAUAUUAAAAAUGUAAUUAAAGAGCUGUUAAAUGAGAUUAACAAGAAGCUAGAAACAAAGGAGAUACUUGGGCUAUUAAAAUUGAAUAUGGUGGAAACAAUACGCUACAUUGAGUAUUGUGCUAAAACAUAUGAAAUGAGUGAUGAACUUUUUAAGGAAGUAGAAAUUGAAUUUUAA